AUGCUUCCAGGGUCGCAUUUGAUGGUUCUGCAAGUGGCGAAAUUUGUAACGCUGCCGCUGCUUUUGCCAGAUUCGCCUUGCGCACGAGCCCCUCCGCCCUCGGGCAGAUGCCCUCUGGGUCCGGCUGGUGACGACUCGGUUGGGAGUUCUGGGUCCGAUCCGGCCUUCCGUGUCUUUCCCGCCAGUCCCCCGAUCUGGCCUUUUCCCUUGCUACCGCUCGUACCAAGUUUCCCAGGCCUCCUCUCCUGCCUCGGCCCCUCCCUCGCACUCCUCGCGCUGCCGCCUCAGGCGCCACGGUUUCCGGCGGUCGACCUUCAGCUCUCCGGUUGGCCUGCUCCCGCAGGGCCAGCUGCCGGUCCGUUCCCCCUUGGUGGCGGCCGCGUCUCGCCGCGGCCCUCCUCUCCUCUGCAUCUUCGGCGGCGCUCUCCCUCUCCUCCUGCGUCUCCGCCUCUUCUUCCGCGAUCUCCAGCGGUGAUGACUGGUCGGCGCCGCCCUCCACCUCGACGACUGCCUGGGGCGGAUCUGCUUGAUGCGUCCAACCCACAAGGGGCCCAGGUCGGGCGGGUGCCAGCCCUUCUCCGAGCCGCCGCUGAUGUUGUUGCGGCAGCGGCUUCUGGCGGCGGUUCCUCUCAGGCACGUGGCGGUUCGUCUGCGCCUCGUGAGCCGAUUUAUCGGUCUCCCCGCGGGCGGACUCAUCCGCAUCUAAGGGCUCGGGGUCAAUCCUCCCGCCGCCGCCGCCCUCCCUGGCCAUCUCCGUCGCUUGCCCUGCAGUCGGCGCGAUCCUUGGUUCAGGCCCCACGGUCGCAGGUGCCACUGGCGCCUCACUUGAAACCAUCGACGCAGCCCCUGCCGCCUCGACCGUUGCCGUCGCUGGCUUCUUCUUCGUCACAGCAGCAGCCUUUGUCUGCGCCGGCGGCCCUGUUAUCCUCCCCCUCGGUGGCGCCGCCCGGGGCUGAGCCGGUGGCGCCGUCUGCGUCUUCCGGCCCGAGUUGCUUGCCGCCGCAGCCGCCGCCGACGUGGGCCUCUCUUCUAGCGCCUCAGACGCCGCAGGCCCAGCUGCAGGUCUCUCAGUGUCAGCCGAGUCCUUCUCUGCCGCCGCUAACCCCUCAUCCUCCGCAGAUUCAGCCGCCUCCUGCGGCUCAGCAGCCGUCUCUGCCGCCGGUUCCCCACCCACCGGUUCCUCCGCCUCAGGGUCCUCCCUCUCAGCCGACGCAGGCCUCCCUAUGUCCUCCGUCUACCCUCCCUCAAUCUCAGCCGCCCUUGCAGCCUCCUGUGGUGCCGCUGCCGCCCCCCCCUGUGGGGCCUCAGUCUCUGCCGCUGCCGGUACCUUCUCCCCUCCCCCCUCCUCCUCCUCCCCGUUUAUCGCCAUCGGCGUCUCCUGGUCCGCCUGCUGAUCCCUGGGGGGUGUCGUGGUCUCGUCGCCCGCGUGAUGGUGGUUGGGGCCCUCCCUGGUGCGCUUCUCCUGCUGCGGUGGCGUAUCCCGCCCCUGAUUCGCGGCUGUUGCAGUUUUGCCGUUGUGUGGCUGGCGUGGCUGCUGUGUUGGAGCAGCUCCAUCAUGCUCUUCAGACGCGGGAGAUUGUCCAGCGCGAUCCCGAAUUUGGCGAGCUGCAGCUGGCGCACGUGCGCGCGGCGGUGGCUGGCGCACUGUGGGAGGUGUUGCGUUUGCUGCUAGAGCCUGUGGAUCGUGUACUGGACGAAGGUCCUGGCGCCGCGGCCUUCCGGAGGGUAGCCAAGGCUGAUGAGUCGGCGCCUUUGGAGGUGGUCCCUGCGAUCUCGUCCUUGCUCCGCUGGCUUGAGCAACGGCUUCCUCACACCUUCCCUGAGGCGCCCUCUCUCUCUCUCUCUCUCUCUCUCUCUCUCUCUCUCUCUCUCUCUCUCUCUCUCUCUCUCUCUCUCUCUCUCUCUCUCUCUCUCUCUCUCUAA